CGUCUCUAUUACCUUGAUUCCACCGUCUCGUUAGGCACUCUCCAGCUCUUCUUCCCUGUUCCUCUUCCUGCAUCGUUCUUUCCUACUCUUUCCAUCCCCGCCACCUGCCAUCUCCACCCUCUGUUAAUAUCUCGACUUCAUUCUCUCUCUCUCUCUCUCUCUCUCUGUCUCCUGUUACUGUUUUUUAUUUAUUGAUUUAUUUUGCGUCGAUUAUACACUCUACAAUAUACACUGCGUCUAUACUACAUAUCAAGGCUGAGGACUACAGAGGAAAUCUGAAGGGAUACAAUUCCAUCCGGCGUGUCGGCACCAUGCCUCAAACAACAUGGGAGAAGACGAAAGGAUACUCGAAAAAGGGCUUUGACAAGGCAUGGCAUACCCUUGACAAACUGGGUGCCCCUGUCAACCGCCUGUCGAACCGCGUCGGCGCCGAGGCCUUUUGGCCCAUGACCCUCGAUAAGGAGAGCGACAAGGCCGCUCGUAUCCUGCGCAGCUUCUGCAAGGAUGGCUUUUACGGAGAGAACAAGGAGGAUGAGGAGGAGGAGAAGGCACGGUCGAGGAACAGCAGCAAUGGGAAGAUCGAUCGCCCCGCCGGGAAGCAGCGCGUGCUCAAGAAGAUCCCUACACAAGUCAUCCAGCGGGCCAAGGGGCUGGCCAUUUUCACCACAAUGCGGACCGGCCUCUGGGUCAGCGGCUCCGGGGGUAGCGGCGUCUUGCUGGCGCGUAUUCCGGAGACUGGCGAGUGGAGUCCGCCGUCUGGCAUUCUACUGCACACAGCGGGGAUUGGCUUUCUGGCGGGCGUUGACAUUUAUGACUGUGUUGUUGUCAUCAAUACCCUCGAGGCUCUGGAGGCGUUCAAGCGUGUACGCUGCACCCUCGGUGGCGAGGUCAGCGCGGCGGCGGGCCCCGUGGGGAUGGGGGGUGUGCUGGACUCCGAGGUGCACAAGCGUCAGGCGCCCAUCUGGACGUACAUGAAGAGUCGCGGUCUAUACGCAGGGGUCCAGGUUGAUGGAACCAUCAUCAUCGAGCGCACCGACGAGAACGAACGCUUCUAUGGCGAGCGUCUCUCUGUCACCGACAUUCUGGCCGGCAAGGUCCGUCACCCGCCGCCGGAGAUCCGCACUCUUCUGCAGACCAUCAAGGCCGCCCAGGGCGACGGCGAUGUCGAUGAGUCGCUCAUCCCGCCGCCGGGGGACACGCCCGGUGAUGUCGACCUGGAUUCACUGCAUUACUUUGGCGUCCCCGCGCCCGACGAUCCGGAUCCCUUUGGGGUCAAGGCUCUCGAGGCCGAGGGUCUCUUCAUCCGUGAGGCGGGCACCAAGAUCCGCCCUAGCCAGGAAGUCUUUGAAUUCCGCCCUAAUCCCAGCAGCCCCAUCUUCUCCUCCUUCUCCCGCCGCAGCAUCGACAGCAGCUCACCCCGCAAUAGCUGGCGCGCCAGCGUCCAAAGCCACACCAGCGUCGACCGCGGCGUUCAGACCGAAGACCGGCCCCCCACGGCCACUUCGUCACGCAGCAGAACCUCCUCUCUCUUCAACAAUGGGAGCAGCAGCAACCUCGCCGAUGCCCGUGCUUCCCGCAGCACCCCGUGGGACCAGCAUGUUCCGUACACUCAGCCCGUCACUCCGGAGGAAGGAAGCCCCCCGCACGAGGAGGAUGAAGAUGAAGUCGAAGUGCACGAAGUUAUCUCCCCGGUCUCCGUGGCGCCCGUCUCCAUCAGGCCCAUCACGCUGGCCGGGCACUCGAUCCCCGCCGCUACCGCCUCUUCCACAGACUCCUCCAAACGGCUGUCGCCGACGUUCACGCGUGCCAGGCUGGUUACUAUUCCCAAGCGGUCGUCACCGCCGGCACUCCCGCCUCGCAACCCGCAGCGGGCUAGUUCACCGUCCUUUUUGGAGUUCAGUCAGGAGGACCAUUCGCCCGUGGCCAACGGGGCUGCCGUCAACGAGGACGAAGAGGAAGACUCCCAUCUGACCCUACAAAGUUCUGAUGUGCAUGGCUCCGAUAUGGUCUUCUCACGCUCCUCGAUGGACAAGGACGAAUUCCAUUCCAUCUCGAGCGCGCCCGAGUCCGACGUUGAAAGCCCUACCGAGAAGAAAGAUAUGACUAUGCCACAGCAUCGUCGCGAGAGUUCUCACUAAUUUUUUUUUCUCUAAUUUUUCUCCUCCUACUCCUCUUCUUCUUUCAUAUAUUUCCCCUAGAGCGUUUGAUUAUACUAGUUGUUUUUGUUAUGGUUUAUUAGCAUGGGCGUUAUGGGUUGAUAUCCUGGUGUACAGUGAGUGCAUCUUAUUAUAUCCGGAGAAUAAUUUUGCUUGAUCUAUCAUUUUUAAUCCGCCAUUCGAUGUAUCUAUUUAUUUAAUGACUUGCCUAAAUGAUUACCCCUGAUCUGAGUGAGA